AUGGCCACCAUAACACCCAUUGAGGGCCGGACAGUACACCAAAUCCAGUCCGGCCAAGUCAUCGUCGACUUAUGCUCCGUUGUCAAGGAGCUCGUGGAGAACAGCCUUGAUGCAGGCGCAACAAGUAUUGAUGUCCGCUUUAAGAACCAAGGGCUAGAGUCUAUUGAGGUCCAGGAUAAUGGCGACGGCAUCUCCCCGCACAAUUACGAGACAAUUGCACUCAAACAUCACACCUCCAAGCUCGCCACAUACUCGGACCUCUCGACGCUUCAAACAUUUGGCUUUCGCGGCGAAGCUUUAUCCUCGCUCUGCGCCCUCUCCAAUUUCACUAUCACAACAUGCAUGGCAGCCGAUGCACCGAAAGGUACGAAGCUAGAGUUCGAGGUUUCGGGAAAGUUGAAAGGAACAAGCGUUGUGGCUGCGCAGAAGGGGACCAUGGUAUCUGUGGAGAACCUCUUCAACAACCUCCCAGUCAGACGCCGAGAGUUGGAACGAAACAUAAAGCGGGAAUGGAGCCGAGUGGUAGGGGUUUUGGGCCAGUAUGCAUGUAUACAGACGGGCAUAAAGUUCACAGUCACACAGCAGGCUGGGAAGGGCAAGAAGACAGUCCUAUUUUCUACCAAAGGAAACCGAACCACACGAGAGAACAUUGUGAACGUUUUCGGGGCCAAAACCCUUACCGCAUUAGUUCCUUUGGGCUUGAACCUGGAGCUAGAGCCUACAAGUGCCCCAAGCCAGAGGUGGUUGACGCAGGAGGAUGGAGAAAAGAAGAACAUUCGAAUUGUAGGGCAUAUUUCACGUCCAGCCUCUGGUGAAGGCCGACAGACUCCGGACAGACAGAUGUUCUUCGUCAACGGACGGCCUUGUGGACUGCCGCAGGUUGCCAAAGCCUUCAAUGAGGUCUACAAGUCCUACAAUGCAGCUCAAUCCCCGUUUAUCUUUGCAAAUAUCGAACUCGAUACCCAUUUGUAUGAUGUUAAUGUCAGUCCUGAUAAAAGGACGAUUCUAUUGCAUGAUCAGACACGGAUGUUGGAUAGUUUGAAGGAGGCCCUGACUGCCCUUUUUGACUCUCAAGACUAUACCGUACCUGUUUCACAGCUGCCGACACAGAAGCAGCCAUCAUAUAAGCAGCUUACAAUCAGCCGAGAGAACGCCUCAGCAGCAAAGGCGCCAACGAUCCAACGAGCCACCUCAGUCUCGUCCGGGGGCGAGAGUUCGGAGGACGAUACAAGAGGGUCAAAACGGAGGCAAAACUCUGAAGAUGAUAGUACACGCGAUCCCAAGUCGCAUAGGUCUAGGGCCACGGCUGCUCCCCAGACAUCGACGGGCCAAGACCGUGAAGCUGUCACCUCAAUUUCAACCUGGGCCGAAAGGGAUGUACAAGAGCGGACGGAAGUGGAGAUCCAAGCACCCAGAGCCGCAGGUGCCGUUGCUGGCCCCUCGAAAGGGAAGCAAAGGCUUAUCGAGAAACUCGGAAAGGAAACCGAACAAUCACCGGCUGAUGUACCUGAUGAUGUCUCUGAGGAUCCAGAGAGUUCGGUUGCCGCUAGCCAAUCCUCUGAUACUCCGGCUUCAUAUAAGCUUCCGAUCGCCGUAGCUGAUUUCAACCAGCGAAUUGUUGAGUUACAAACACUCGAGAGCCCUGCUGCGAGAACAGGCAUUCAAAACGAACCCGAGUCUCCAAUACCUGCCCUUCCAUCACCUUCGAAGCCAGUUUCUUCAGUGUCAAGCCGAUUUUCGAACAGUGCGAGGUCCCAUAGGCCUCCACCACAACAAGCAACAAUAACUAUUGGAGACCAUACAAUAACUAGUUCAAUUGGAACUCCAUGCCCGAAAAGGCCUCGAAUUCACGAUGGGCCAAGUAUGUCUCACAGUGCUCACCUCGACCAUGUUAAAAAAGGGUCGGUCCCGACUUUUGGCAGCCGCCUGACUCAACGAUUUGCAGCUGCUGGGGCAGGGGCAGCAAAUCCCCCUUCGUCCGAUGAAGACGAAAUUGAGGAUGGAGGUGCAGAUGUGCUACAAUCGCCACAAUCUCCAGUAAUCCCAUCACCUGGAUCUAAUGAAGAUAAUGCCAUGGAGGAAACGACUCAACCCGAUGGGGAAGCGAGUGAUCUUGUCGAAGAGGGGCUUGAGUCUGCGCCACUCGAUUCAGAUGCAGAAGAAGAUGAAUAUAUCGAUGACAGCGAGAAAAAGGCCCGCGAGGAGGCAAAGGUGCAGAAAAUGAUUCAAGCAGCAGAAGAUACAGCAAGCAUGCCAUCGGAGGCCAAUACCAUGCGAGCAAAAACACUGCUCAAAGGCGGCUCCCGGAAGAAAGACAGUACUGUCAGCCUAGUGAAACCUAUGAACAUUACUGUAUCAGGUGUUGAGCAACAACUUCGUUCUUUGAGCCAGAUCCUUUCGUCGUACGACGAGUCAACGGCCCCUAACACAGAAACCGAAGCGUUAGACUCUGAUAAUGCCGAAGAGAAGCUAUCUCUAACAAUCUCCAAGCCUGACUUUGCUAAAAUGAGGGUCAUUGGUCAAUUCAACCUCGGUUUUAUACUCGCUACCAGAGCUUCUGAGAAGAAGCAACAGGGUGGAGCUGUCAGGGCAGAUGAUCUAUUCAUCAUCGACCAACACGCAUCCGACGAAAAAUACAACUUCGAACGCCUCCAAUCGACAACCAUAGUCCAAUCCCAGCGCCUCGUCCACCCUAAAACCCUAGAUCUCACAGCGCUGGAAGAAGAAAUCGUAAUAGAGAAUUCCAAAGCGCUCGAGACAAAUGGGUUUAUCGUCACAGUCGACCAGUCGGGUGAUUCGCCGAUUGGCCAAAGAUGCCAACUGGUCAGUCUACCACUAAGUCGCGAAACGACUUUCUCACUCCAAGACCUAGACGAGCUGCUGGCGCUACUCACAGAGCACCCUUCGGGAUCUGUUCCCCGUCCAUCUAAAGUCCGCAAGAUGUUCGCGAUGAGAGCUUGUAGGAGUAGUAUUAUGAUUGGCAAGACGCUUACGCAUAAGCAGAUGGGGAACGUGGUGAGACAUAUGGGUGAAAUUGAUAGGCCGUGGAAUUGCCCACAUGGAAGGCCGACUAUGAGACAUUUGUGCGGCUUGGGAGUUUGGGAUGAACUGGGCUGGAGGGAAGGGGAUGAGCCGGAUGGCGGAAAGGGGGCAACUACGGAUUGGGCGGCGUAUAUUAAGUCACACCGCGAGGGUUCGGCAUCUGAAUCAGAGCCGGAAUCAUCUUAG